AUGGCAGCCGCUGUCAGCCUGAUGCCCACGGCGAUGGGUACCCAGGCUCCCAACGCAGAAGAGAGACAGGACCUCCCUCGACCCUACAAGUGUCCUCUUUGUGAUCGAGCCUUCCAUCGUCUGGAGCAUCAAACCCGACAUAUCCGUACGCACACUGGAGAGAAGCCUCACGCCUGCCAGUUUCCCGGUUGCAGCAAGCGUUUCAGUCGAUCCGAUGAGUUGACCCGCCACUCGCGCAUUCACAACAAUCCCAACUCGCGUAGGAACCAAAAGACUCAUCAAGUUGCCGCCGCCGCCGCUCUCGCUGGUCUCCAGGAUGGCUCCAACCAAAACUUUGCUUCGCAGGCCCAGAUGAUGCCGCCGCCCAGCAAGAGCACCAUGCCACGGUCAGCCCCGACCUCAGCUGUUGGCUCCCCUAACGUCUCACCGCCCCAUUCUUUCGCGGUUCAGGUCCCUCACGGCCCUCAGAUGCCGUCUCAUCUUGGACUUUUCAAUCGUACCGACGACAGGAACUCGAUGGACAUCAAUCUCCUUGCCACCGCGGCGUCCCAGGUAGAGCGAGACGAACACGUCACUAGAGUUCCCUACCAGCAUCAACACCAUCUGUUCAGUCACCGGUCUCACAAUACCAAUGGCCGUCUUCCUUCGCUGUCGGCAUACGCCAUCUCGCACUCCAUGUCAAGAUCACAUUCCCAGGAAAACCAUGACGAUGACCAUCGAGUGAAGAGAUCGAGGCCAAACUCGCCGCAUUCAACAGCGCCCUCGUCGCCGACCUUCUCUCACGAGUCGAUAUCGCCGACGCCUGACCACACACCCCUUGCAACUCCAGGGCACUCUCCACGUCUCCGACCCCAUGGAAGUGAUCUACAACUUCCAGGAUUGCGCCACCUCUCGCUCGGACACACACCUCUGCUGGCGCCUAUGGAACCACAAGCUGAUGGAUCCUACUCCCACAUUCCACCGCCACAGCACUCUGGCCCCUCGAUAGCAGACAUUGUCACCGGUGCGCAGCGGAAACUACCCGUGCCGCAGCUCCCCAAGAUUGGAGUGGCCGAGAUGCUACAUCUACCCGGUGGUUUAAGUUCAGGAGAGUCUAGUACGGCAGCGUCGAUCAACGGCGACUUUUCAAGGUGA